AUGUCUGUUAGGAGAAAAACAUUAGCUGCGGUGACUGGCUCUAUGCCGCCACCACCUCUGCAAUUCUCAGGCUCUCAACGUGGAGAUCAGCCUCCACCUUCUUCUGUCGCAGUUAUUGUCCAGAAUUUAUCAAAAAAUGGAAGUGGUUCCUCUCGAAUGGUUGAUCGCGACACAUUUCAGCAGUUACUGGCAGAAGUAAUGGGAACAGAUGGGGACCCUUCAGAUGCAAGCCUCGAAGACAAUGUGAGGAUAAACUACAAAGUUGUGGAAGUGGUCAUGGAAGCUGGAAUCAGCGUCCUAUUAAAUGGGGACCCUUUCGCUUCUACCAGCGAUUUACUGCUUCAAGCAACGAACAGCCUACUUGUGGUGCGGUUAACAAUUCAAAGAUCACCACAGGUGCUAUUUUGUCAACCACCUGUUGAGCAUGCUGCCGAACCGAAUCAACCAAUACUGUUCUUAUGGUUAUUGCCUAGAUUGUUUCCGCUUCUUGGACACAAAGUUGCAGAAAGCAUAAAGCUAGAACUAAUACAGACAAUAGAAGCUAUCCUUAUAGCUGCAGCGAAGGAGUCUGAGGCGUGGAAAUAUCUGACAACGGUGAUGGGGUACUGUCGGAGCUGUAUUACUUGUAUCAUCGAUUCAUUCCAUAGCACCGCGAAAAUCACCGCUGCUAUGUCCAAUUCCUUUAGGCUGGAGCUUCCAGACGAAGACUUUUCGAUCAAUCUAUCACAACUACCCACAAAUUCUCCCCCAGUGAUGCACCAAUCCCUCAGAUUUGUUAUUAAGGAUCCAGAAAACGCAGCUUGCGUAGCCAUUCAUCUUUUUGCUGUACUGUCCAGGAUUUCUACUUCUAGCGAUGAUAUUCCUACACUAAGAACCGCCGCGGACAAUUACUUGGGGUUCUUGCAAAACAUCUCAAAGCUAUGGAAAAGUAUGAGAAUUUGGGAGUCUAUUCCGAUGUUGCAGUCAAAAGUUUCUAGAAUCCGCAUCAAUAUUUUGGAGGCAUUAGAGAGUUCCCUGGGUCAAAUACCAAGAUCGCAAUAUGGGACAAUAAAAUGCGAUAAUUUAUGCCUGCUUAUAGUACGGUGUGCUAGUGAGACUUUGGGCCAACUGGUGGAACAAGCAAACCAACCCACAGAACUUGUUCUGGCAAGUGUAUUUCUUCGAGUCUUAUUAGUCGCAGGCGAUGCACUCUCGGUUGAUGAACUUUUGAGGGAGCAGGCCCUUCCUGUGGCAUUUAAAACUAUGAAUAAUGAUAUAACAUGGGAAAUUAUGGAUCGCGAUCUUCAAAUGGCAGUAAUACGUCUUGUCCUCGAUGUUUCUAAAGAUCCCGAGAUUACAAGAAAAGCGAGAUCUCUCUUACAACCAGGUACAGAAAGGGGAUGGAAUUUUAGAAACAAAAAAUUACAGGAGGAGGCCGAUCGGCUCAGGACCAUUGAAAUAUCAGAAUAUUUGCAGAAAGACAAUAACGGCGGCCGUAGAAAACGUCCUAGGCUCAUGACAAAAGACGAGUUGCCCAGUGUGGAAACCCAUCCUUUGGUAUUAGAGACAUUCCGUCUUCUGGGGUACCAAGGGGCAGCUGGUCUACAAGGAUUGAGCACGGUGGUGUUAAGAGACGCUUUCAAUAAAAUUGAUGAGGAUGAUCAAUGCACUGUUGUUCAAUCUCUUGGGCUCAUCUCUUGUAUCUUGGCCGGAAAUCUGACCGAGGGCCCAGAGCUUGAUCAAAGGAACUUGCAGUCAGCUAGAUCAUAUGCUGAUGAACGCAAUGAUGUUCUAUUCACAGUUUUGGAGGUUCUUCAGAAACUGGAUAACUUCCGGGGUUCUUCAAGAGUGAGGGUGUGGGGCUUGAUGGGUAUAAGACGGAUUUUGAACCAUACAAGAAAUUUAAAGCAUCUGAGCUUAUUUGGGGCCUUUGGGAAAUGUUGCUUUGAAUCAUUGAAGAGUUCAAGAAGGGAAAUUAGAAUUGCUGCAGGACGAACGUUGCCAUCCUUUGUCGGGUUUAGUCAUGAUGAAGGACUUCUGAAAGAGAAUAGGAUAGAAAUCCUUCGUUAUUUACGAGCAAAGUCGAUGAGUGAUGAGCUGCAGUAUCAGGAGACUUUUGUUUUGGCUUGGAGCCAAAUAGGGAGAGUAUCGGCAGGAUCGGAGCUAAAUUUUUCACUGAUACGGCUGGUAGAGUAUCUUGGGCAUGCGAAUUCGUUCAUAAUCGGGGUCGCUUACAACGAAAUCCAAUUCCUUGCAGAAAUACAUGAUGUAUCGCCUAAGCAGUUAUUCACACAAUAUUGGCGCAGCAUCAGCGCAAGUGUUGUUAAACAGCUACAGUCCAAACCGCAGAUUGCUGGAUACCUUUCAGAUAUAUUGGGGAUCACUGUAGACGACUUCCUGGGGACCACUCAAACAUAUACACUGCCUUACAUGAUACUGUGGAAACGGGUAGAAAUAGUUGAAAGGGUUGCACAGGCAUGUGGUAAGAGUGCUUGGGUUGUAUGCCAUGAAAAUAUGACCUUUAUUCUUUCUGUUCUUCUUGCCCAAGACGUGGGAGAUAUUGAACAAACGACAAUGGCUCUACUUAUAAAUGCUUCAGAGAAUUUUAAGUCAUGCUCAUUGAGGGAGCUGGUAAGACCUGAGAAAAUCACUCUUGCAACUGAACUGCUGAAGGCUGCUGGCGAUGCAGACCAAGAGAAUAAGGAACCGAUAUAUAGGGCACUCGCAUUGGUAGCUGAGCUUAGUCGAACAACCAAAUCGGCCGAGAGCAAGGAAGCACCCUUAGACGAAUUUUUCAAAUUAAAUGUUCUCGGAAUAUUCACCGAGUUCAUGACAUUGUUAAAAGAAGCACCUACCCCGAUGGUAGAAAAAAUUCGUAUUAUAAAAGCAAUUGAAGAGAUGGUUAUAUUGGCCGGGGGGUAUAUAAGUGGCGCACUACCACAAAUAUGCGCCUGUUUACAAUCAGCACUGGAAACCGAACAAUUGCGGACAAGCGCUUUAUAUGCUUGGAGUGCAAUCAUAACGACCUUGCCGGCAGAAGUAAUCAGUCCAUUGCUAGUUCAAACUUUCUCAGUGAUAUUGCAAUACUGGAAUGAUUUUCAGGACGAUGCAAGGAAGAGAGCCCAAGAAAUUAUUACACACUUUUUCAAUAAAUAUUCCCGGACUAUCGAAAAGGAUGUUGGCAUGAUUCCUUCUUUGGCAUUGAUACCAUCAUCUUCGCAUUUUGAAACACAACUUAAAGAAUGGAGAUGUUCCAUUGAUGUAAAACAACGUUUCGACCUUCUUUCACGGCGAUGUCGCCAUGAAAAUGUGGCUGUUGUAGAACAGGCAUUGAUUGAGUUAACAGGGUUCAUCAGGGAAAACCAAGCAUUUAUACAUACAGCGGCGAUAAACGAACAGCCUGACGAAGUGGUUCCUCAGUUAAUAAGGACACUUUUGGAUGUUGUUGUUGCAUUCAAAAACACGGAUUUAAACUCUAAUCCUAAAGUUCAGCUGAAUAUCCAGCGCCUUUGUGCCGAAUCACUCGGCCUGAUAGGAGCCGUGGAUCCGAAUCGUGUGGAAACAACUCGAGAGAUACGCGAUAUGAUGGUCUUACACAACUUCGAGAAGGCAGACGAAACUGUUGAAUUUGUUGUUUUUUUCCUGGAGGAGAAGAUUGUAAAGGCAUUUCUUUCAGCUACUGAUACGAAAGUCCAGGCUUUCCUCGCAUUUGGAAUGCAAGAGCUACUAAGAUUUAUCGAAGUAGGAGUUGAUGUCAGUCGCAGUCGUGGUGCACGAGUUCCUCAUUCUACAGUCGCAGCUGAAAGAUGGGCAUCCUUUAGCACAACAGCCCGGAGUGCUCUGACGCCGUUUCUGGGAUCUAAAUAUAUUCUGCAGCAGAAAGCCCAGGUUUCAUCCUGUUCGUACCCAGUUUUCUCUCUGAACAAGACGCAUCGCAGCUGGCUUCAUUUAUUACUUAUGGAUUUGUUAUCGAAGGCUAGAGGAGUGAAUGCUGAAGGUAUAUUUUCGACAUGCGGUCGGAUGUUAAAAGGCCAGGAUAUCUCUAUAUCUCUGUUUCUGUUACCAUUUGUCACAUUGAAUGUCAUCAUUGCGGGAGAAGACAUUGAUCGGAAAAAUAUUGCCAGCGAAAUAUUGGCCGUACUACGACCUACGGAGGGUUCAGAAAGCAUUAUGGCUUCAGAAAAUCUUAAGCAGUGCACCGAGACGGUUUUUCUUCUCAUAGACCAUUUAACAAGGUGGCUACGCGAUAAGAAAAAAUUAAAUUCAUCGCUUCAAGUUCAACGGGCAAGGCAACAAAAUCGUCACGUUGCUUUAGAAGACGAUACUGGGAAAGAUAUUGCUGUCGACCGGGUCGAAUCAGUCCUUUCUGUAAUACCUCCAGACAUGAUGGGCAUACGUUCAUUUGAAUGCCAAUCCUAUGCGAGAGCACUUUUUUAUUGGGAACAACACAUUCGCCAGAAAAGAGACACUGCAAGUGAAGAUGAGAUGACGCCUUUAUAUGAGAGGCUGCAGCAUAUAUAUACUCAGAUUGACGAGCCAGACGGAAUCGAAGGCUGGAAGAUGGACAGCUGCACAGAGUUGAGUCCGGGCAACAUGGCUGAUGGCAUGAUGGCCAACUCCCAAAAUCCCCACCCAAGGAUACUAGAAUUUGCCAUAGAAGCCUCCUGGAUUUCUGGCAAAUGGGACGUGUUAGAUAAAUAUCUCAUGAGGUCGGAGGGCUCGAUAGAAUCGUCUUAUGAAAUCAAAAUAGGUAGCGCUUUAUCUGCAUUGCGCAAGCAGGACACGGAUACAUUUGCAAAGGAGAUAGCCAGAGCGCGGGAAAAUGUCGUAAGCAGGUUGUCCGAAUCUCUUACGGGGUCUUUACGUCAAUGCCAUGAUUCAAUGGUCAAACUUCAUUCAUUAUCAGAGAUUGAGGAAAUCAGCUUGACACUACAGCAAGGAACCUUUGAUAAAGCAAGUUUUUCGGCAAAUCUAGAGAGGCGUCUUGAUGUGAUGGGGACUUACUCAAAUCAUAAGCAAUACAUUCUGGCCCUCCGCCGGGCUGUAUUCCAGCUUUCCGGUGCCGAAUUAGCUAAGGACAAUAUUGCGUCCACUUGGCUCGCUAGUGCUCGCUUUGCGAGGAAGGCAGGUCAAAUACAUCAAUCAUUCAAUUCGGUUCUCCAUGCCUCAAGACUCGGUGCACCACUCGCGACCGUAGAACAUGCAAAACUAUUGUGGCACGAAGGCCAACAUCGGAAAGCUAUACAAAACCUUGAGGGGGCAAUUUCUUCAAACAUGAUACAAACUAACGACUCUAUCACUGAGACUAUACAAUCUGGAAAGAACCAACCUCAGAAUAUUGUCUCAGCGAAAGCUAUUCUUUUGCUAGCAAGGUGGCUGGAUGGGGCAGGUCAAACUCAUUCAAAAGAGAUCAUCUCGAAAUACACCAAGGCAUCAUCAUACUUUGUUAGAUGGGAGCAAGGCCAUUACUUUCUCGGACGGCAUUAUAAUAAGCUUCAUGAGGCCGAGAAGGGGAUUGCGCCACUUAAUCAAAGCCAGCCCUUCUUAAAUGGAGAAACAGCACGAUUAGUCUGCCAGUCUUACCUUCGUGCUCUUGCAUUCGGGACAAAAUAUAUAUUCCAGACAAUGCCUCGAGUAUUAACCCUUUGGCUAGAUCUAGGUGAGAACCAGGAAUUGGGAGAAGUUCACGGGAGCGCGGAUUUCAGAAGUCAUAUUUUAAGAGAGAGACUCAAGAAUUUGACCAAUCUACACCUCUCGGUACAAAAGUAUAGCGAGAGGCUACCCGCGUGGAUGUUUUAUACCGCAUUUCCCCAAAUAAUAUCUCGAAUUGUCCAUCCUAGCCAAGAGGUCUACACGCAUCUUCAGAACAUCAUUGUAAAGGUUGUUUCAACGCAUCCCAGACAGGCUCUCUGGUCACUUACAGCGGUGUGCAAGUCAACAUCAAGAGAAAGGUCCAGUCGUGGUGCGAGGAUAACCAACAGGAUAAAAGAAAACUAUGCCGCUAAGGGACGGAGAGAAGCAGACAAUGAGUUGAAGAAUUUAAUAUUGCAGUCGCAAAAGCUCACAGAUCAGUUACUGCGUCUCUGUGACGCUGAUCUGCCUUCGAAAGCAGUCGCUAUCAGUUUGACGAAAGACCUUGGAUUUCAUCAUUCCGUAGCACCUUGUAUGCUUGUGGUACCUUUACAAACAGUUCUCACAGUGACACUUCCCCCAACCCCCGAAUCUAUAAAAAUCCAUGUUCCAUUUAAUCUAUCUGCGCCUACUAUUGCAGGGUUUGCCGACGAUGCGGAUAUCAUGUCGUCUUUACAAAAGCCUCGAAAAAUUAAGAUGCGUGGCUCUGAUGGUAAAAUGUAUCCAUUUUUGUGUAAGCCAAAAGACGAUCUACGUAAAGACGCUCGUUUGAUGGAAUUCAACAACAUGAUCAACCGUUUCUUGAAGAAAGACACCGAUUCUAGUCGAAGGCGUUUAUAUAUUCGAACAUAUAUGGUCACCCCUUUGAACGAAGAAUGCGGUCUUAUUGAGUGGGUUAAUAACGUACGACCGCUUCGGGACAUCCUUUUGAAAUCAUAUAAAGCAAAAGGAAUUAUUGUGCAGUACUCCGAAAUUCGUGUUCUUCUCGAUAAAGCCUGUUCAGAUCCCUCGAAGUCUCAUAUAUUUACCGAUUCCGUGCUUCCAAGAUAUCCUCCUGUAUUCCAUGAAUGGUUUGUUGAAAUGUUUUCAGGGCCAGCUGCUUGGUUUGCCAGCAGGGUCGGUUACUCGAGGACCUCAGCAGUUAUGUCGAUGGUUGGGCACAUAUUGGGACUCGGUGAUCGUCACGGAGAGAAUAUUCUCUUUGACGAAACUAAUGGCGAUACUCUCCACGUUGAUUUCAACUGUCUAUUUGAUAAGGGUCUGGGAUUUGAGAAACCAGAAAGAGUGCCGUUCCGUCUCACACACAACAUGGUUGAUGCACUGGGAGUGACAGGAUAUGAAGGCACCUUCCGGAGAACUUGUGAAACGACCCUUAGAGUAUUGAGGAAUAACGAAGACACACUUAUGACAGUUCUAGAAACCUUCCUACAUGAUCCGGCCGUUGAUAUGGUCAAGAAGAAAAAAGCAAAUAUAAAAAUUCCUGAGACGCCUAAGGAUGUGCUGAAGAACAUUCAGAACAAGCUCCGAGGUCUCUUCCAAGGCGAAACUGUUCCGCUGUCAGUAGAGGGACAGGUUCAGGAACUAUUGCGAUCAGCCGUCGACCCGGGUAAUCUUUGUGCAAUGUAUAUUGGGUGGUGUGCAUUCUUGUGA